CCAAACCCUUACCUAUCUUGCUGUUGCCUCCUCGCGCUAUCCCUCUGUCCUUCCGAGUCGUCCAUUAUUCUGUCUCAUAUCCAGCAAUUCACAAACCCUACAGCUCUGUCCCCUUGAUUCCUCUCAGACUUGAAGCUACUCUCCCGGCACCAAUCCGAGCUCCAUUUCACUCCUCUCGCCGCAUUCAAGCUCAAUCUCUCUCCUCACGGAUCUCAGUCUCAGAAUUUCAGCAAUCUUGCACUCAGCAGCGAUGGCUGACGGAAAGGUCAAUCUUCCCGACGAUCUCUUCUCGUCCAAAACUACCGAUGGACACUUCUCUGUCAAAGAUGAAGCAUUGGGAGGGCAUGGUGGGGAGAAAGGUGUUGUUGGUGUGCUUGAUGAUUUGAAAGAUCAAGUGUCAUCUGACAACAGCAUACCCUUAUCUCCACAAUGGCUCUAUUCCAAGCCCAUUGACGCUAGGGUAUCAUCUACCAACACUGUGGUGGGGAACGCUACUGAUCCCAUACUGAAAGAUAGCUGGCGUUUGGACGGGUCUCAAGACAAGAAAGAUUGGAGGAGGACUGUACCAGAUGUUGACAUUAGUCGCCGGUGGCGUGAAGAGGAGAGGGAAACAAGCUUACUUGGGAGAAGAGAUCGCAGAAAAGAAGAUCGUCGCCCAGAAAUCACCUCAACGUCUGAUAAUAGAGCCUUGUCUUCUGACCGUUGGCAUGAUAGCCGGGGUUCAGGCCAUGAGUCUCGAAGAGAGAACAAGUGGUCAUCAAGAUGGGGACCUGAAGAUAAGGAGAAGGAUUCACGAAGUGACAAAAGGAAUGAUAUUGAGAAGGAAGAUGUUCAUGUUGAAAAACAAUCCUUUGGUGUUAUUAACCGGGCAGGUUCUGAACGUGAAACUGAAUCUCGUGAUAAAUGGAGACCACGCCAUCGAAUGGAAGCACAAGCGGGUGCUGUGGCCACAUAUCGUGCUGCUCCUGGAUUUGGCCUUGAGAAAGGACGUGCAGAGGCUUCCAAUAUGCGAUUUGCCCCUGGGCGAGGAAGGGCCAAUAUCAAUGGGAACCUACAAAUUGGAAGACCUAUCUCGGGCUCUCCUUUCGGGUCUGCACUUAUGGAUAAGAAUAAGGUCGUAUUGGGAAAGCCUAGCCUUAACUCUGAUCUAUAUUCCUACCCUAGGGGUAAGCUCCUAGACAUGUAUCGUAAGCAAAAGGUUGAUCUUACUGUUGACACCAUGCCUGCUGGCAUGGAGCAUACACCAACAGUAACUCAGCUUGGCUCUGUAGAACCAAUGGCUUUUGUUGCUCCAGCUUCUGAGGAAGAGGCUGUCCUUAGAGAUAUAUUGAAGGGGAAAAUUAUUAGCAGUGAAGUCUCAAGCUACUCCUUUAGAGGCAAGGAUGGAGGGUCAAAUGAUGAUACAUCAGGUAUUGAUGAAACUGGAAGAGAAGGAAAACUCACAACCUCAAUUGGCAUGGGAGGAGGGGUCAUAUCAGGAUCUGAUGUCAUGAACAGUGCUGGUGAAUUUAUUGGUGGACCUUCAAAUGCUGAUGCCUCAUUAAAAAAUAUUGAAAUCUUGACGUUUAAAGAAGGAAACCAGAAGCAUAGACCAACAAUUGAUGUACAUGGAAGAAAUGAGAACUUUGCCAGCAGCACCGGAGAGGCUAGUGCCCCUGGUAACAAUGUUUCCGAUCCAGGAACUUGCCAGCAGAGACAAGCUUCUGCCCUUCACAACCAUGCCAAUCAGGAUCUUAUUGGGUCAGCUGCUGCUAUAAGUAUGAGUAGCAACCUGCCUAAUGAUUCUCGUUCUCUGUUUGAAUUUUCAUGUCUGCAGCAAACGCCAAGAAUUAAUGAGCAAGACAUAAAACCUAAUGAGAGGACACAUUCAAUUGAGAUUGGUACCUCUUUGGAGGAGUUAAGUCUGUGCUAUCUUGAUCCUCAAGGAGUAAUUCAAGGACCCUUUCUUGGGAUUGACAUCAUUUUAUGGUUUGAACAAGGCUUUUUUGGGACAGAUUUACCAGUUCGAUUGUCAAAUGCUCCUGAAGGAUCACCCUUUCGAGAACUUGGUGAUGUUAUGCCUCAUCUUAAGCUAAAAUCUGGAUCCACUUCUGGGAGUAACCUGAUUUCUCAAUCAGAACCUUCCGAUACAAGUGGAAGGAACCCAAAAGUAAAUGCACAUCCUGCUGACUAUGACAUGUCUCCCAUUAUAGAUGAUCAAUCUUGGGUUUCGUCCCAAGCUGAUGUUACCUUGAGUGUUGCUAUUCAUUCCCAAACGCCUAAUCAAAGUUUCUGCUCUGAAACCAAGCUUUCAGAUGAUCAGUCUCAGUCCUUCACAAAUUUUAUUGACCAAGAUGACAACAUCUUAUCCAAAAUGGCUGGAAGGAGCAAUGAUAACUCUUUGACAAGGUCUGCUGAGAUCCACACUUCAUAUACCCAUCCUUCUGGCAAAAUGGUUGCAACUGAAGUUUCAGGGAAUGGUACGCAUAAAGAGGCUGAUAAAUUGCAUCCCUUUGGUCUACUGAUGUCCGAGCUCAUAGAUGGUUCUCAUUUAAGGCGUGCACAAUCUUCCAAUGUAUCUUCGAGAUUAGGUGAAGAGGGUCAUCUCCUGGAUCCGUUGCAUGAUAGAGGCGCACCUUUUGGUGAUCAAGGCUCUCUUGGUGGUGUGGCUGGUCAUCCUUCGUACAAGGAUGCAUGGUCUGAUGAAUAUGGGAUAAAUCGGCAAUUUAAUAAUGCCCAUGUAGGUUCUUUAGAAGAUCACUAUUUGUCCCACAUGGGACCAAAAUUUAAUAAUUUUGAUAGGGCAGAGAAUCUCAUGUUGCAGAAGCUGCAGAAGGAACGACUUCAACAGCAGAAUAGUCUACCUUCUCAUUUUGCUUCCCGUCAUACCGUGCCGGACUUAGAGAGAUUUCCAGGCCUUUCACUUUCUCAGAGCAGAAACACUAAUGUUCAGCCGAUGAUCCAGAAUUCAGGAUCAGAUUAUGAACGUCUGAUGGGACUUCAGAUUGAACAGCAACGCCAGCUUGAGCUUCAACAACAGCAUGAGAUGCACCAACAACAGCUUCUCCAACAAAUGAAAUUGCAGCAGCAAUCACAAGUUCAGCAAUUGCUUCUUGAACAAUUUAUGCAUCAGCAGAUACCUGAUCCUAAUUUCAGGCAGUCAAAACUUGAUCUUAUGAGGGAUGAUCUGUUUGAUCAGGUUCAAUUGAGGAGGCAGGUAUUGCAUGACUUGCAGCAGAAUCCUCAUUCCUUAAGGCACCUUGAUCCAUCAGUGGAGCAGAUUAUCCAAGCAAAUAUUGGUCUCAAUGCUGUCCAAGGGAGGCAAUCUGACUUGUCAGAUCUCUUGUUGCAAGCAAGGCAUGGGAAUAUUUUACCCUCUGAACAACAGCUUCAGUUUCAGCAAGAACAGUUGCAAGCACAACAACUAUCUAUGGCACUGAGACAAAAGUUAGGAUUGGAGGGUGAACAAUUUGGAAGGUCGUGGCCAAUCAAUGAAACUGGACAUUUACUACGAAAUUCUUCAACCCAUCAGCUUACUCCCUCAGCAGGCUUUAAUUCUUCUGAUAUUCACAAAACGCAGCAUGGACUCUUGGCAAAAGACGAACAGUUAAACUAUCUAAGCAGGAAUCUUGCUGAGCAGAACCAUCGAGGUUUCUAUGAGCCUAAUUCUUUGAUGUUUGAGAGAUCUCCAACGGUUUCUGCUGGUGUUCCUGCAAUGAAUUUUGAUAGUGUAAAUGCUUCUGCCCAAAGAAUGGACCUACAAGAACGACUUCGCUAUAUGCACCCAUCUGAUCAAUUUAGUUCUUUACCCUCUCAGCAUCUACAAGCAUCUGAUGAACUCUUUGCUCGUCACCCGGAUGCAUUUGAGAGUUCCCUUUCUGGUAACAAUGGUCAUCUGGAAAAUAGUUGGACAGACCCACGGGUUCAACUACAGCAUCUUGAAGCUGGGAGACACAGAAUAGAGUUAGGGGGUACCAUUCCAUCAGCUAAUCUAAACAUGUCUGCAUCUGCUGGAGCACGUGAUGAUAGCUCUGCACGAGGUUUAAUGGAUGUGCUUCAUCAAAAACUGGGUCUUCAAUCCACGCAAUCAUCAAAUGCUGAUCAGUGGCAUCCUCUUUCAUCAAGAAGUCAAGACAACUCUUGGCAUGUCCACGAUUCUAACUCAGUAAAUUAUCCUUUUGACCGUUCACAAGAUCAGCAAAUCCAUUUGAAUGAUCCAUUUGAAGAAAGGCCUGGAAGUGCCAAUUCAACAGCUCAAAUACCAGAUCAUCUUGUCAUGCACGUGACUGACAAUUUAAGGAACAAUGAAAAAUUGCCUACACAGUCUAGAUCUGGAUCUAUAGUAGAAGAGCAAUCGUUCUUAUCAGCUAAUAAAGAUACUUUACAUCCCAGUUACAGAAAUCCACUCUUGAUUGGUAAAUCAACUAUGGAAAAAGACUUGCUUGAGUUGGAGGCAAAUAAGGGUCAGAGGCAUGAGUUUCUAGGAGGAAUGAAACCAUCACUUUCUGGCAUCACAGACUUGUCAGAUCAAUUAGAAAGCACCAUGAGUUCUAUGGAAUUGCCCGCUACUGCCCAGAGCAGACAUAGUUCACUAUGCAGUGCAGGCACCGAAGGGGGCGCAUACAAUCGUGAGAUGGGCUUGAGCAAUUCACGCGGAGAGGAGAUUCCUAAUGACAGGAUGUCUCCUUCAACAAAAGUACUUGAUAGUCAUUUCCAAAAGCGCCCUCCUGUAUCUCGCAUUUUAUCUUCCCCGGAUGUCCAGUCAGACCAAUCAGCUGUACCUCAUGCCAGUGAUGGGAGACGAGAGCCUUCGGGAAACUCAUCAAUCAGUGCCGUGGCUGAUGCUCAGACUUCUGGUAGAAAGGAGGUGCGAUUUAGGAGGACUUCCUCUAUUAGCGAUGGUGUGAUCUCUGAGACCUCAUUUAUAGACAUGCUUAAAAAGCCAGUUCUUAAUGAGAUGGACGCAGCCAGUGGACCUGCUGGUGCAGAUUCAUCGGACGGGGGAUCCCAAGCCGCUCGGAGCAGCAAAAAGAAGGGGAAAAAGGGGAAACAGAUAGAUCCUUCUCUUCUUGGUUUCAAGGUCUCUAGCAACCGGAUCAUGAUGGGUGAGAUUCAACGCCCAGAAGAUUGACAGUUGCUUGUAGAUUAGUCGUAUAAUUUUUUAAAUUCUUUUCUUUUUUAAGCCCCCUUAUAUUUGGUAAAGCGGCGGGGUUGGAUGUACAGUCCGCUAGAGCGUAGCCAUCAUUUUUUUUUGGCACAUUUGGUUUUUGUUAUUACAAAAUAGGUAAUAGGAUUCGUUAUUGAAAACCCAUAUGGCCUUGACUAGUGUGUACACUGUACAGUCAUUCAUGAGUGUAUAUACAUGGGUCGAUGACUUUUUCCUGUUUUGGGCGCAUGAGCAA